GGAACGCUGGGAGGUCCGGAAAAAGCCCAACCCCACACCUACGAUCUCAAAGGUGAUCGGCACAAUGGGACUCCUGAACCUCUGAGGGGUGAGCACAAAAGGCCCGAGGGGAAGAGGAAGAAUAAAGCCGAGGGAGGGGGGAAAAAAGAGGACAAAAGAGGAGGAGAAGGAGGAGGUGGAUCAUAAGAAGGAGGAGGAUUCUUGCGUGGCGCCGGCGCGAGCAGGAGGAGUUUUUCGGCAGAAGAAGAGUGGGCGGAGAAAGGAGAGGGAGGGAGGGAGAUUUGAAAGGAGGGAUUUGCUCUAUCUGUCGGGGGUGCAUGCUCCCCUCUAAGUCCCCCCCUCCCACUUGGACAUCCUCCUUUUUUAUUUUUUUCUGCAUCAGUGACAGGCCGACAAAAGGCAAAGAAUGCGUAAUAAACUAAGUUCGGCUUGCCUGGGAGUGAGCAGGGGCCUCGAUGUGAGACUACCCAGGACUAGAGCCCUGCUGCUGGGGUUACUCCUGGUGGCGGCGGCCUGUGCAGAGGUUGAGAUCGACGUGCUGGGCGAGAUGGUGAUAAUGGAGACGGGCGGGGAGAGCGAGAGGGGGGUAGGAGGAAGAAGCGAGCUGGAGGCCUCCAUGCACUCCUCGCUCCUCCGGGACUUCCAGGAAGUGACGGAAGGUAUCCGAGCAAUAGAAGCUGUCGCCGUAGAGACCGACGACGCGGCGGCGGCGGCGACGCAGCAGAACAUGGCCGCGCCCACUGCCUUCCCAGACUCCUCGGCGGUGGUGGGUCGGAUCUUCCAGAUGAAGGUGCCAAACAAGAUGGAGGAUGUUUACCUGGGUGAUAUCGUCAAGAUUACAGAGAUGGGUAAGGACUCCCUCCCUGCCUGGCUGCACUGGGAUGCCAGCAGCAGAAUCCUGCAGGGUCUACCUUUGGAGGAGGACAAAGGCGUCCAUUACAUCUCCGUAUCCAUUUCCAACCACACAAAAUCCUCUUCUUCCUCAGAGGUUUUUUCCAUCGAGGUACACCCUGAGGAUCAUUUGGACACAGAUUCGGCUCAACUGGCGUCCAACCAAGCCUCCGCUGAGGAUGACGUCCAGUCCUUCAUGUGUGGCAACGAGGAACCGGUAACGGUGCUCACGGUAAUCCUGGAUGCGGAUUUGACCAAGAUGAGCUCGGAACAGAGAGUGGAGCUCCUGGAUAACAUGAGGAGCUUCUCUGGGGUGGGGCUCCAGCACAUGAAGAUGCUGCCUGUGGUCAACAACAGGCUGUUCGACAUGUCCGCGUUCAUGGCCGGGCCGGGGAAUGCUAAAAAGGUGGUGGAGAACGGCGCUCUGUUGUCCUGGAAGCUCGGCUGCUCGCUUGACCAGAGCACGGUCCCAAAUAUCAACAGCGUCCAGGGUCCUGCAAAGGAAGGCACGAUGUCAGCCAAGCUGGGCUACCCUGUGGUGGGCUGGCACAUCGCCAACAAGAAACCCCAUGUUCCUAAGCGGGUGAGGCGCCAGUUAAACAACACUCCAACACCUGUUCUGGCAGUGCUUCCUCCAACGACUGUAGUGGAGCCUCCAGUGAGGAUCAUCCCAACACUGUCCUCUCCAUCUAUCGCUGCACCAACUGAAAGCUCUGCCCCCCCUGUACGAGGCCCCGUUCCCCUACCAGGCAAGCCUACAAUCAGAGUCCGUGACCCCAUUGCCCACACCCCAACACUGGGACCUCCUCAACCAACAAGGGUAAUGGAGACUACCAGCACCAUUCCCAUCCAGCCAACAAUGACCAGGCCCACUUAUGUGGAAGCCACCGCCACACCACCCACACCUACCAGAAGACCUACCAAGAAGCCUAAGAGGCCCAAAACCACACCGGUGCCCAGAGAGCCAAAGACCUCCACAGCCAAGCCAGCCAGGCGCACCACACCAUCACCUGGCGUUAUCCCGGAUCCAUACAAUGAGAAGCCCGUCUUGCGUAACCCCAUCGACCAGGUCAAUGCAUUGGUGGGCACCUAUUUCGAGGUGAAGAUCCCGUCUGAUACGUUCUUUGAUAAAGAGGAUGGGACAACAGACAAGCUGCGUCUAACCUUGAGACAGAACCACAAUGACGUCGUUGGAGAGGGCUCAUGGAUCCAAUUCAACACCACCAGCCAACUUCUCUACGGCCUGCCUGAUGUCCAUCAUGUGGGGAAACAUGAAUACUUCAUGCAGGCAACCGACAAAGGUGGCCUGAAUGCAAUUGAUGCUUUUGAGGUCCGUGUGAACCGCUGGCCCGUCAAUGACAAAACACCUGUGAUCUUCACGGUCCGAUUAGACGGUGAGCCACGCUCGGUAACCAAUGACAUCCACAAAAAGAUCCUUCUGGUCAAGAAGCUGGCAUACUCACUGGGGGACCGCAACAGCAGUACAGUGAGUCUAAGAAACAUUAGUAAAGGGUCUAUUGUGGUGGAGUGGACGAACACCAGCCUCCCGCAGCACCCUUGUCCAAAGGAACAGCUCACAGCCAUGAGCAGAACACUCGCCGAUACUGAAGGAAGGCCUACACAGACCUUCAGGUAUGCCAUGGACCCUGAGUUCAGACCGUUGGACGUCAUGGUCAAGGGAAGGGCAAGCUGCAGAAUGUACUCCUUCAUCCCACCGGGAGAUAUUGAUUUACCAGAACCUCCUCCAGCAGUCACCCCAGCUCUGGGAACAGGCCGGCAGAGUACAGAUGACGUGUAUCUCCACACGGUCAUUCCCGCCGUGGUGGUCGCAGCGAUCUUGUUAAUUGCAGGUAUCAUUGCGAUGAUCUGCUACAGGAAGAAACGAAAGGGCAAGCUGACCAUCGAGGACCAGGCCACUUUCAUCAAAAAAGGUGUGCCGAUUAUCUUUGCAGAUGAACUGGACGACUCCAAGCCGCCUCCAUCUUCCAGUAUGCCCUUGAUUCUCCAAGAGGAGAAACCCCCACUUCCACCUCCCGAAUACCCCAACAUGGCCACACCAGAGACCACUCCCCUCAACCAGGAGCUGCUGGGGGAGUAUACAGCUCUGCGGGAUGAGGACCCCAAUGCACCUCCCUACCAGCCACCGCCUCCCUUCACCACUCCCAUGGAGGGCAAAGGUUCCCGUCCCAAGAACAUGACUCCCUACAGAUCUCCACCUCCCUACGUGCCACCCUAAGACUAAUUUAACCCUCCCCUCGUAGGGUGGAGGGAGAGGAUGCCUGAGGAACUGUGACGGUUUCCAUUCUGGUGUUUUGUCUGUCUGGACAUUUACAGGGAGGGAUGACAAGAGGUGCUAAAGUACAAAACAGCUACAGGGGACUUUUGGUUUAGGAGAGGGAGUAAUGAGUUGGGUGGGGUUUUACAGUAUACAGAUGGGAUGAUUGGUUGAAACAGCUGGGAGGGACUACUGUUUUAGUGGUAGCCCAGCUACUACAGUGGCCUAAGACAAACAAAUUUGCGUCACAUUGGCAUUCGGAUCGACCAGUUGGUCAGAAGCAACAAUUGGGAGACUUGUUCUCCCUUCCCAGCAUUUCAGUUUUAUCUCUGUUGAUUUGGAUACUGGCUUUUUUUUUUUGUCUGUUUUUCUUCAUCUUUAUCCCAAGAUUAU